CGUGACCUCGGGGACCGCGCGACCCGCGCGCGCCUGUAGCGGGCGCAGGGGCAGCUGGGAAGAUGGCGGCCUGGGUCCCUUGUCGGAGGUGGGGCUGGGCGGCUGUGUCCUUCGGCCGGCACCCAGGCCUGAGCGCGUCACUAGCUCGGAAGCCCCCACGGGCAUGGUGGCUCUCAGCUUACAGACAAAAGACAUCACUUUCUUUCCUUAACCGAUCAGAACUUCCAAACCUGGCUUAUAAGAGGUUAAAAGGCAAAACCCCAGGAAUUAUCUUCAUCCCUGGCUAUCUUUCUAACAUGAAUGGUAAAAAGGCAGUAGCAGUUGAGGAGUUUUGCAGAUCUCUAGGUCACGCCUUUAUAAGGUUUGACUACUCAGGGAUUGGAAGUUCAGAAGGUAACUUAGCAGAAUGCACAGUGGGGAAAUGGAGAAAGGAUGUCCUUUCCAUACUUGAUGACGUAGCUGAAGGACCACAGAUACUGGUUGGAUCCAGUCUUGGUGGAUGGCUCAUGCUGCAUGCUGCAAUUGCACGGCCGGAAAAAGUCAUAGCUCUCAUUGGUAUAGCUACUGCUACAGAUGGAUUGGUGAUACAGUUUCAUGCACUUCCUGUUGAGAUGCAAAAGGAAAUAGAAAUGAAAGGUGAGUGGACCUUGCCAUCUGCAUACAACAAGGAAGGCUAUUACAGAAUCCCGUACAGUUUCAUUAAGGAAGCGGAGCAUCACUGCUUAUUGCAUAGCCCCAUCCCUGUGACCUGUCCUGUACGCUUGCUCCACGGCAUGAAGGACGAAAUAGUUCCUUGGCAGAGAUCCCUGCAGGUCGCGGACCGAUUAGUCAGCCCGGAUGUAGAUGUCAUCCUCCGGAAACAGAGUGAUCACAGGAUGAAGGAGAAAGCAGAUAUUCAGCUGCUUAUUUGUACUAUUGAUGACUUGAUUGACAAGCUUUCAACUAUAGUUCCGUAGAAUCACAUUUGUGGUUGGAAUGCACUCCCAUGCGUCCAGAAGAUUGAAAGUGUGGUAGUAAAUCAAAGACCCAGAUACUUCAGGGUUCCCUCUUGUAGUUUGUAAAUAUCGGAUACGUAUUUAUUUAAUGAUGUCUUUGCACAAGUACACAAAUUGUGACCAAAGUAUUAGCUGCUGUUUGGAAAUUUUUGUCCUCCUUUGAUAUUUUCCCAUUAAAGUAGCACCUAUUUUUUAUUAAAGAGAUGUUUACCUUUCUUACAUAUACUUUAGCUGUGCCAGCUAUAGUUGUGUUCCUUUCUACAAUAAAGCUUGAAUAUUUUGGGUUUUGUCUGGUACCAUUAUAUAUGGAAGUUUGUAAAAUUCUGAUUUUAAAAUGCAGGUCACAAAAAAGAGGAAGAUGUUUAUUCAAGUAAAUAUGAAAUGAUUCUAAAAAUGUCUGAAGCAUAAUAAAGUUGGAAAAAUGAAGGUGCCAUGCUAUAUUUAAAACUAAAAUUACUGUUUUUUUUAAAGGUUAAGUUUUAUUGUGAUGUUAAAGGUACUUCAAAUUUUGAAUUGUCAUUCUUAUGGGAGUCUUCCAGAAUUUUAAGUUUUUAUGUAAAAUAAUGGGUAAUAUCAUUUCCAACACUUACUCAUUUAUCGUUGUACCUCACACAUAUUUUGUUGCUCUGUGUCUCACUCUCUGCUUCCCCUACACCCUUUCUCCGCUCGGUCCCCAUGCCAUGUCUCUAUAUAAGAGAAAACAGGUACUGCUUCCCUCCCCCACCAUGCUCCCCUAGCAUCCUUUAAGCCUUCUCUGCACAGUCUACUUUCACCAGCCAUGCAGUAUAUGUGUAGUUAAAUCUAUACAUAUGAGAGAAAACACUUUGCAUAUCUAAUCUGUUUCUCUUUACACAAUCUCAGUUCCACCAUUUUCCUGCAAACAUGCUCUAUAGUUAAAUAGUAUUCAUCUAAUGAUGUAGUGUUUUUAUAUAGUGGUUGGUUAGACUAAAGAGGAAGAUGAUCUUUCUGCAUUAACCCUGCUUUGGGGAAUACGAUUAGACUGGCUUAAAUGCAAAGAGUUGGGUAGGUACCAUUUUAGUUCAAGUGGCAGAAGGGUGGAGUCAGUAAGGAAACAUGAAAUACUAGUAUAAGGCGUAGUUUUUAAUAACUACUGAGGUAUUAAUAUAUUAGCCUUUAUAUUGUGGUUUGCGUUUUAGUUAUUAAUUUUGGCUAGACUUUAGCCCUCAUUGAUUAUCUAUGUUAACGUGCCAACCUAACUCAUAAAAUGAGUCUGUGUCGAAGACUUCAUUUUUAUCACAUAAAUGAGAGUCAGCAGACCAUAAACCUGGUUGAAAGGACAGUUUAAAAAACAUACUAUUUAUAGCUAAUGAAGGAAAGGGCAAUAAAAUUUUUGUGCAGGAAAGUGUUGCAGCUGGUUGGCAGAUUAUCCUGAGAAACAUAAUUUAUGAGUUGGCUUUUGUCUGUCUGGGAACUUGGGUUUCGGGGACUCCCACUAUGGCCAGAACUGAGUAGAGUGGCUCACUGUGCUUACAUCAACUCUCUGCAAUCACUGGCUUAUGCUGAACCCCACUUUCUUCCCUGGUGCCCAGAGUGUUGAUAUAUGUGGAGCAGAGACUACCUCCGAGUAGUCCAGUAAGCCCCUUGGCACCGACUCUUAGCAAGCUUUCUUGUGGAUGGUAUCACAUGAGCUGUUAGAGCUCUUUGCUGGAGACCCAGUUUCAGCCUGUGUGACUCCAGUGUGGAUUCUUGGACGCUUACCCCCAGUUUCCCUGGGCUUCACCCCAUGUGCCUUUUUCCUUUGCUCACUCUGCUUUGGAUCCGUUCACUCUUAAUAAAUCAGUAGUGAAAGAA